GAUACACACCGGAGCUCUGGAUCCGUGGGUCAGACAUGCAGUGUCGCCCCGGUCGCCACUCCGAGCCGGGCUGGGAACUCGAGCGCUGUAAGUAUCUGCAAUCCCUGUACCUUGGUCAGCGAUGCCUAGGGCAGUUUGGCCACACAUUUUGUGCCAAGAGCUCCCCAUGUAACCCUUUCAGGUCUUCGACUUCAAUUGCAGGCCGCCGCGCCGCUUCUAGCGAGUAUAUGUCUGGCGGAGAUGCUCCCCGUUGACCACCUCAACGAGGGCGUCUGGCCGGCGACCGUGGCAUGUGCCCGGCCUGGGUGGCAUCUUAGGGUUCCUUCCGGCCAGUUCCCUUGUAGUCUCUAUACAGAUAAGGUGCAGCUGCGCCGGCGCGCCCGGAAGUCAAGGUGCGUCGAGUCUGAGUUCUCAUGCUGCCCCCAUCGCGAACCGCACACUGCGCCGAGGGACAUGUCGCUACAGCGGCUACGCGGUUUCGUCCGUACGUGCCACUCGCGGGCCCGGGGACUUAUAAGCUGGAUGGCUACGUACACCUACUCAAUUCGACCGCCCCCACCUCACCGAGGUCGUGCCCUGCUGUGCCAUAGCCGCUGUCGAAGAAGGGCAUCGCCUCGCACCGGUAGAGCUCUUGCGCUAGUGCGGAGGCCACUCUCGCUCUCUCCUCUUACUACUACGCGCACUGCAAGCACCUUGUCUCCGCGGAGGUGCGAGCAGAGCAGCAUUGACAGACAUGCCGCCUCAAGUCAUAUUCAGUCUACGGUACUUGCACGCCUCCCACGGCAAGGUACUUGUCAAUUCGGGAGCGGGCGAUGGGAGUGGAGGGGGCGAACGCAUCAGUAGGGGCACGAUCGUCCGGUUAGUACUGGCCCUAGCGGUCUUCGUUCUCGUCAUUGUCGUGGUCACAUGCGUGGCCUGGCCUCGACAUCGCGGUAUGCCUUCCGCCGCCCGCAUCCCCCAAGCCCGGCGCGGCGGCGCGACGCAUCU